AGCUCCUCGGCCGCACUUUGCUUGCUGGGCUGCUGAGCCGGCCAGAGUCUGAAUUCCGCCGCCUGCCCGCCGGCGCCGCUCCCUCGCCUCCUCCCCCGAUCCCUCCCCCAAUUGCAGUGGUCUGGCAGUGUCUGGCCGGCGGCCCGCGGGCGGGCCGCCCUGCCCGCGGUAGCCCAACCCCCCCCUUAAAGCGGCGGCGGGAAGAUGAGGUUUCGGGAGCCGCUCCUGGGCGGCAGCGCCGCGAUGCCGGGCGCGUCCCUGCAGCGGGCCUGCCGCCUGCUCGUGGCUGUCUGUGCGCUGCAUCUUGGAGUCACCCUCGUCUACUACCUGGUCGGCCGCGACCUGAGCCGCCUGCCUCAGCUGGUCGGGGUGCCCACACCGCUGCAGGGCAGCUCUAACGGCGCCGCCGCCAUCGGGCAGCCCUCCGGGGAGCUCCGGCCCCGAGGGGCCGCACCGCCGCCUCCUUUGCGCACCUCUUCCAAGCCGCGCUUGGGUGGCGCCUCCAACCCAGACGCGGACUCUCGCCCCGGCCCCGGCCCCGGCCCCGGCCCCGGGAGCAACUUGACUUCGGCCCCAGUGCCCCCCGCCACAGCACUGUCGCUUCCCGCAUGCCCUGAGGAGUCCCCGCUGCUCGUCGGCCCCAUGCUGAUUGAGUUUAACAUACCUGUGGACCUGAAGCUUGUGGAGGAACAGAACCCGAAGGUGAAGGUGGGUGGUCGCUACACCCCCAAGGACUGCAUCUCUCCUCACAAGGUGGCCAUCAUCAUUCCAUUCCGCAACCGGCAGGAACACCUCAAGUACUGGCUGUAUUAUUUGCACCCAAUCCUACAGCGUCAGCAGUUGGACUAUGGCAUCUAUGUUAUCAACCAGUCUUGUCAGUAUCGUCGUCUCUCCCCCACCCCAUCCCCCCUACCCCUGCCCCAGUGCGUGUCUUUUUGCUUCUUCAUCUUUUCCUUCUCUUCCAAGGGUUAACUUUUCACCUUUGGUGAAUAAUUUCCUCUUUAUCUCCCUCUCCCCCAGUUAAUCUAAUUUCUUCUGCUCCAGCUCUGCCCUGAUUAUUUCUUUGGGAAAAUAUGAUCUGACUUCCGGGUAACCAAGUCAUAAAGAAACUUGAAGUCUGCUCUACCUUUCCAGUGAAGAAUAUCUUGUAUGGUAUCUGUAAAGAACCCAUAAUAAAGUGAUGAUAGGAAACCUAAGCCUUGAAAAGAAAGAGGUGGGAGGGGAAACAUUUGGAGCGUGCCCCGUCUACAGAUUAGGACCUUCCUGUGUUCUCUGCUUUACUGUUAUAGUAAGGGAAAGGGAGUUCAUAGCAUCUGGCUUGGGCUUUGUGUACCAUUUGUUGAGCAAAUAGGCCUCUCAGCGUCUUCCUGUCUCAGACACCCUGCUGUCAUUUUGAUGCUUCAUUCACCACCACCCCCAACACAUACCCCAUUUAAGAUGAGAAAGUGCUUAAAAUAGGAGGGGCCCCUGAGACAUCUAGUCCAGGGGUUCUCAGACAGGUUUUUAAGAACAAAACCUCUUCCUGCCGCUUUAAAAUCCUCCACAGCCCCCCAUCCACAGUGGGUCACAAUGGUGCUCUUCUACUUGAAGUGGGGGCCAUGUCCCCAUCUCUGUCCCCUGACUUCCCCUUCAGUCUUUGCUGGGGUUCACGUGUACCCCUGAGGCCAGAUAGUGUGAAAACUGUUCUAUCUUGCAGGUGAGGAAACUGAGGCUCGGAGAGGGGAAGUGACGGGUGGGAAGCCACGUAAGCCACAGUAGGGCUGCAGCUCAGAGCCCAGUGCCCGUCUCCGAGUGCCCUCUCAGUGCGUCAGCACUCACUCCCUCCUCAAGGCCAUUUAGUCCCUCCUUCUCAAAGCUGGGUGUCCAGGGCUGGGGGUGAGCACCCGGCGCAGGCUGCCUGGGUUCCGGCUCGGCUGCUUGCCAGCUCGGUGACCUUGGGCUUGAGUCCUUCACACCUCGGUCUCCUCAGUGGUGGGAGGGCAAGGUCUUAGUCCUUAUUAGCACACAGGGCUGUGACGCACCCGGCACACAGUGAACCCUCGGUAAACAUUAGCUGAUUUGAGUUCCUUCUCCCCCCACCCCGCCCCAUCCCGUCCCCUUCUUCCUGCCUAUUUUCUCUGCCCAGGACCGUGGUGAUAAACUCCUUACUGCUCUCUCCCCGCCUCCUGCUUCACCCCCGCUCGAUACCAGCGUUGAGACCCUCCCUCCCACUCGUGUGGCCUCCGUGGGGUCAGAUAGUGGACUUAGGGACCACGGCAAGCCCACCAGCUUCUUCAGAGAAGGCUUGUGUCUCAAGCUCCACACACAGGGGUGAGCUUUCACGGGCUUUUGGGGCUCCUACCCUGUCCAUACUAAGCUAUUAACCACCUUGGUUUGGUUUAGUCCCCUCCAGUCACCGUAAUGACUUCCCUCUCACAAUAAGCGGGGUACAGGUGGGUGGCGUGCUUUACGGGUUGAGUAAACCUGGAGAAGCGGCAGCGUUGCUGUUGGUUCUCAGUGUCCAGCUCUCUUCCUGCCCUGGCCGGCCGGCACCUGAACAUCCCAUUAGGGUUCUGGCAGGUCCAGCCUCUUGGAGCCAAGGGUGCUUCUCUGAGGCACAGGUGUCCUGCCCAAGGUCCAGCACUGGGACCCUGGUGCGGAGGAGGAGAUCAAGACGUUGUAGCAGAUGGGAGGUGGGGUGCACACUGCACUUCUUCAUACUUUAAUUGGGGAGGGAAACCAGAAAACCACCAAAGGUAAGGGGAAGGCAGGUUGUCACCUGGCAGCACUAGCCCUGAAUCAGAAAUACAGGAUGUUUGUGAGGUUAGCCGCCAUGGGAAUUAACAAACGGGUGAGGAAUGCAGGCCCAGCUGGCCAGGUGGGCUCGUAAUAACCAUGGCAGCCCUUUGCCCCAGAAGCAGUGCCCAGGAUCUGUCUCUCUGAUUCUGUUUGUAUAUCCCCUGGCGCCUCUGAUCUCACUCAGCUGCCUACAAUUUUUCUAGUUCUGGCCGUGUCAUGCCCUCUCUGAACUCUUCGGUAUGUGCCUGCCGUCCACAGGCGAGGGUCUAAAGGGCCUGAAGGCCUGAGCUUGGCAUCUGAGGGAGGCCCUCUGCAGCCCACCCUGACCGACCUCCGGCCACCUCCUCUCAGGCCUCCUUCACACCUUUAGGCCACAGCCACGCUGGACUCGCCACCAUCCCCGAGACACGCUCAGCUGCCCUCCUGUACCUUUGCUUAUGCUGCACCGUCCACCUUCCCGCUGCGUGCCUCCCCUUCCCUCCCCUGGUUGCUCUCUUUCUGGCCACUAUGGGAGGCCCUCCCCAGCCUUAUUAGCUCUGUGAAGGCCUGGAGUGGAGCCGACUUCUCCAUCCGAGCUGUCCCAGGCCACAUUGUGCUUUCUAGUGAGCGGGGGAGAGUGGAGGGGUGAUUCCCUAUGUGCGUGUUCUCCCCGCCCAGCGGCCCCUAGACCCUCAGGUCUGACUUGCUCGUCUCCCUGACCACGCAGCUCCAUGCACGGUCCACCGCAGGGUCAGGGUUUGGAGCACGGAGUUGCUUUCUAUGGCUCCUGCCCUUUUACUUCCACCUGCUCUCAGGACCCCUUGCUCUCAGUUCUCUGGAGAGGUCUGUGUCUCUUAGAAGUGAAGCCUCCUUUCCCCUCCAGGCCAGGUCAUGACCCUCGGGAACCUGCACAGCCUGCUCCCUCCGCUCCCUCCCCCGGGCCUCUCCCCAAAGCUUCCUGUUCCUGGUGGACCAGGGGUGACCUCCCUUUUCAGGAAAAAUGCAGAGAACCUACUCUAAGCCCUGUGGUGUUUGAUGGUCAUAAAACUUUGUGGUCUUUGGGACUGAACCUCUUUCACGGUCUCACUUUGAAUUCUGGCCCUAACAGCCCCUCAGGAGGCAAUGGGUACUCCCACCGUCCCUGCUGAGGGAAGGCUUCCGGAGGGGAGCAGCUUGCUGGGGGUCCCAUGACGGCUGGGUGGCAGAGCUAAGAUUUGGACAGAAAUCACCCGAGGCCUAAGGAAUGCCUCACCUUGCCACGUGUAUUCCCCUCACUGGGGAACAGCUCCACAUCCACUUGGCAAUGCCCCCAUGAGUCCCACUGGGUCACGAGAGGGGGGCAGCAGCUUUGGAGUAGCAGCCUCAGAACCUCCUGGAAGGCUUGCCCAAUUGUCAUGCUUACAGGUAAAACCUGGCCUGAAAGGGGGCCCCAGCUCGCACCUCAGGAGUCUCCGUCUAGCUUUGGAAUUUUUUCCCUCUUCCUUUUCAUCUGUGCACAGUCGUGAGGUGGUUCUAGGCUGCUUGUCUGAGACCAAGUGUGGGCAGGUUUGGAGACCACCGUUUGCACCCUCAGUGAGUGAGAGCAUCUGUCACCGCCCCUCAGCAGCUUACCUCUGUCACUGGGCCAGGCAGCUGGUUCCUAAAUGAGGCCAAGACGAAUUAGAGUGAAGCAGGCUCAUGAGGACAGCUGCCUGGUCCUGAGGCCCCCCUGGUUUCGUUUCAUCUUGACUGUGUCUAUUUACCAUCACCCCGCCCUGCCUUCCAUUUCCUGCCCGAGCUGGCAGCACCCAGAUUGAUGUGUGCAGGAGUGGGGCUCGGGAGGGGUGAGGCCAGUCCUGUUCUGUAGCACCCCCUUGCUGCGGAUAUCUGUACCCUACCACUGCUUGCGUGCUGCCCCAGUGAUUGGUCGUUUCCUUUGCUGUGUGUUUUCCCCUCUCUCUGUCUGUGGCUCGCUCCAGUCUCCUGGGGAAUGUGUAGAAGCACUUACAGGUACUCCAGUCUCCCGGGGAAUGUGUAGAAGCACUUACAGGUACUCGCAGAGCUGGGGAAUUGCCUCCCUGGGCCUUGUUCUGGGAAAUGUCAUUUUCUCUGUUCACCAUUGACUUCGUGACAGGGAACGACAGCUUAUUAGGAAUUUGCCUUUGCCCUGGAACAAGGGUGGUCACAGCCUGGACAUUUGCCUCUCCUCCUUACGUCUCUCCCUUGCAGCCAUCUUUGUCUCUUUUUUCUUUUUCUUUUUUUUUUUUCCUUCUAGUGGGGGCCUUUUGCUUUUAUUUGUUAAUCCUGUUUGUAGCAAAGCAAGCUGAAGGAGGACCUCCUCUCUGUGAUCUGCUUCUUGCUCUCCACCUACUUCCUCUUCUGUGCCCUUCAC